AUGGACAUUGUGAGGGCUCCAUGUUCAGCAUACAGCAGCUAUAACACAGCACGGGCUCCACCAUGGUGCAGUCAAGACGCGGUUGAAGUACUUCCAGACUACAUGAAGGACUUCUACCUGUUUUUAUUGAAGACAUUUGAUUCUUGUGAGGAUGAGCUAGGACCAAACAAAAGAUAUCGGUUAAAGAUAUUGGUCCGAGGAUACUCUCAGGAGAUAGAAUGGCGUGAUGAACAUUACGUUCCUGAAACAAUUGAUAAACAUCUUGAAAUUUCAAGAGUGACUGUUGGAGCUUUUCAAUUGGCAUGUUCUUCAUUUGUUGGGAUGGGUGACAUCAUAACAAAGGGAGUUCUCGAUUGGCUUUUGACAUAUCCAGAACUUCUCAAGUGUUUCACAACGUUUGUACGACUAUCCAAUGAUAUUACAUCAACAGAGCAUAGCACAACGAUGCAUGGUGCAUGUGAGAAGAUAAAGGAUUUAAUUGAAGAUUCAUGGAAGGAUAUGAUGCAACUCUACCUUACACCAACAGAACAGCCAAAGGUUGUGGCACAGACAAUUGUUGACUUUGCAAGGACGGGGGAUUACAUGUACAAGAAAACUGAUGCAUUCACUUUUUCCCAUACAAUCAAAGAUAUGAUAGCAUUACUGUAUGUGGAGCCAAUAUUGUUCUAA